GGUAAGUGGCGCCAGCCUGCAGUUAAAGGACUCCAACAAAAAACUAAACAAAAUGCCGCCCAAGAUUUAGCCAUGUAUGCGGCAGUGAAGCCCCUGUCCAAGUAUCUGCGCCAGAAGACAGUGCGCAUAUACGAUCCGAUAUUCAUACUGCACUCCAAGUACACCAUCGUCAUACUGCUGGCCUGCACGAUCCUGCUGUCGGCCAAGCAGUACUUCGGUGAGCCAAUCCUGUGCAUCAGCACCAACAAGCACACGGAGUACAUUCAGUCCUACUGCUGGACAAUGGGCACCUACAUACUGCCCGGCGAGAGCAACACCAGCACGGGCCUGCCCGGCGCGGCCUUCAAUCGGAGCGGCCUGCAGGGACUGAUGGCCAGGGAUCAGCAGUUUGCUCGCCUCAUUUCGAUAGCGGAGGGCGUCGGCCCCGAGAAGCGGGGCGUCACCAAGCGCCUCUAUCUGCGCUAUUAUCAGUGGGUGUUUAUGAUCCUGCUGUUUCAGUCGCUGCUCUUCCACAUGCCCUCGUAUCUGUGGAAGGUGUGGGAGGGGCAUCGCAUGGCACAGCUGAGCUGUGAGGUGGGUGGCGCCAUCAUACUGGAGGACACCUACCGCACCCGGCUCCACAUGCUCACCAAGUACUUUCGAUCCAAGUUCUCCGGCAUCCACUGCUGCUAUGCCAUCAAGUAUACCUUCUGUGAGAUGCUCAACCUGCUGAUUAGCAUACUCAACUUCUGGCUCAUGGAUGUCGUGUUCAAUGGGUUCUGGCAGAAGUACAUACACGCCUUGGCCGCCAUACCCGUCUACGAUUGGCAGCUCUGGAACAUGAUGACAUCGCGCGUCUUCCCCAAGGUGGCCAAGUGCGAGAUGUUUGUGUAUGGGCCGAGUGGCACUCAGAAUGUGCUCGACAUUCUCUGUGUCUUGCCGCUGAACAUACUCAACGAGAAGAUAUUUGCCGUGCUCUAUGUGUGGUUCCUCUUCAUUGCCAUGUUGUCCGCUCUGAAUAUGCUGUACCGCCUCCUUCUCGUCUGCUGCGCCCGGCUGCGACUUCAGCUGCUGUGCACCCAUCUGCGCGGCAUGCCCAAGCCCCAUGUACGCGAGGUGCUGACCACCGCCGGCUACGGCGACUGGUUCGUCCUCAUGGGUGUCAGCGUCAAUGUGAAUCCCACGCUCUUUCGCGAACUCAUCGAACAGCUCUACACGGAACUCAUGGAGGAGCGUGCAGCCGCAGCCAAAAGAGAAUUACCAGCCGCCCAGGUGCCAGGUGCUGCUGUUCCACAGCCACCACAGCCCACGCCGAGCGCCCCCCUUGCCGAGGCAGUGGCAUCUGUACGCACCCUGACACUGAUGGCUCCCACGCUGAACCUGAUGGGCUCCAACAAUGAGAUUGUCAGCAUUGAUCGCUGCUGCGAUGAGAGUCAAGCUUGA